AUGUAUCAUGUGUUUUUGUUAUCUCUGACCCUCGCUACGGCUACAGCGGAGUAUGACUUUAUGUCCGGCGUUAUAUGGGGCGGGCCUGAUAAGGGGUGCGACAGUUCUGAGGGUGCGGGCCAGGCAGUCAUCAGCUGCACCCUCAACAGCGGGAAUGUCACCCUCAACGUAGACAGAUCAGCUUCAUGGCUGAAGGUCACAUGUGAAGAGAACAGUUCAUUUUCGUGCAGUGAAUUGGCUGAAGCUCGCCCUCAUAUAUCAAAAUAUGCAACAAUGAAUGGAGAGAAGGGUAGACAGAUAUCUAGAUUGGAUGUAGAUAGUUGUAGAUUGCCCGAGGAGAGUCUAGUUUGUCUACUAGAUCUAGUGAACGCCAGCUCGGCUGUACUGUUGAGGCUUAUACACUGUGAAGGAAAAGUUACUGCUAGGAAUUUAGAUGGAAUGGAUGCUGUUAAGUUCAGAAUGAAUUAUAUUGAUAAAAAUACUACUAUGGUGCCAUAUCCAGCGUUAUCUCAGCUCAAAUCACUAAGAAGCUUUACUCUAAAGGGUGGUUCAUUGGUAUUAGACGUUCAAAACGUUUCUUUACCUAAUCUAAGGACUUUGGAACUAGCUGAUGGUAGACUUGAAGUUAUAAAUAAUGAUGUCUUCAUGAACACACCGAAUAUACAGACAUUGAUGCUAUGGGGGAAUAAGAUUAGUAAAAUACAUGAAAAUGCCUUUAAAGGUCUCCACGAUUUAGUCAACGUGAGUCUCAAUUCAAACGAAAUCUCUUCACUUCCAAACAAAAUUUUCUCUCACUCUCCGUUAAUCAGGAGAGUCGACCUCUACGAUAAUAGACUUGUUAUAUUACAAAAGGAUCUUUUCAGUGGUUUACAACAUUUAGAAGAGGUCAUAAUAACAUCAAAUAAAGCGAAUCUCAGUCUAGAAGAAACAUUUUCAAAUCUACCUUCACUCAAAAAUCUCAAACUUGAGACAAGUAAUAUAGAAAAAUUACCAGAAAACUUGUUCAAGAACUCAACAUCACUGAAAACAUUACUAUUAGGUGGAAAUAGAUUAGAGAAUCUCCCGCCAACCAUUUUCAGUGAUCAGAAAUUGGUUGUACUGAAUCUAUAUGAUAAUAGGAUUAGUGAACUACCCGCCGUGCUGUUCAAGAAUCAAACUUUGAUGGAAAGAUUGGAUCUGAGGAAGAAUCUCAUUAACAAUAUACCUGGCGGGUUAUUCUCUGACGCGAAAAACUUGAAAGUCUGUGAUUUGAGCGACAAUCAGAUAGAAUUAUUGGAAAGGUUGAUAUUAUCACUAGCUAGGAACAAUUUGACGAUAUCAAAAAGUAUGAACACAAUAGCCCUUUUACCUACAGAUGAAUACUACAACGAGGACUAUGCAAAGACAUUUCUGCAUUAUUCAAUGUUUAAAAGUCUGAAAUAUAUUAAAAUACUGAAUUUGAGUAAAAACAAUGUGUCCCUUAUAUGUGAGGAUUGGAGGCAGUUGAUCGGACUCAAGAAAUUGGAUUUGUCAUACAAUAAUAUUGAUUUUCUAUCGGAUAUUUCAAUGUCUUUCGACUUCAGUGAUGCUGUCGUAGAUGUGAGAAACAAUAAGAUUACAACUAUACUUCCCCCUGUAUACAACAAUGACACGCAAAAACCCACUUUCAUACUCAACGACAACCCCUUCACUUGCGACUGUUAUUUGUACGAUUUCAUACAGAGAUAUAAAUCUACAAAAAGCACACCCAUCCUACAAAUGGACAGCGCGACAUGCGCUUCACCUAGAUCACUGAAGAACACACAUAUAUCAGAAUUAACACCCGAACAGUUAUUCUGUGAUGUCCCUUGUAAUAAUUGCACUUGCAAAAUAAAACCAUACAAUAGCAGAUUUGUCAUAGAUUGUGAAGAAAUGCCGUCAAAUCUACCGCAAGUGUCGAAAGAGUUUGAAGCUAUGAAUUUAACUAAUGAGAUACAUUUGAAACGUAGCACUCAAGUUAUACCGAGUUAUUAUAAGUACGUGGACUUGUCAAACUUGAAUUUAACGACAGCGCCAUCUGUUGUCAGUUCGGUGGAACUAAACUUGACGAAUAAUCACCUAAAGAGCGCGCCCUUGGAUUUGCUUCUUAACAACUGCACCUUAUAUCUAUCGAAUAAUCCAUUCCUAUGUAGCUGUAAUGAUUACGAGAACGUCGAGUAUCUGAUGAAAUAUAAACAUUUGAUACGAGAUUACAAAGAGAUCAGAUGCGAGGAUGGCGGGCUCGUCUCUAAUGUGAAUAUCGAAACGAUCUGCGUCGCGAGGAAUUCAGUAAUCAUCGGGUCAACCGUUUCCGUGAUUGGCGUGAUACUUGUUAUUAUCAUAGCUAUAUAUUACAAAUAUUCUACUGAAAUAAGAAUUCUACUUCGGAAAUAUCAUUUGUGGUGGGGCGAUGAGUUUGAUCAUGAGAAAGAAUACGAUGCAUUCGUUUCAUAUUCGCACCAGGAUGAAAAUUACGUUGUAGAACAUUUAGUACCUAAUUUAGAAGGUGGAAAACCGCCUUUAAAAUUAUGCGUUCAUUACAGAAACUGGGUUAUAGGGGACUUCAUACCCACACAGAUAGCCAGAUCGGUUGAACAAUCAAGAAUAACUAUAAUAGUCCUAUCAAAACAUUUCAUUAAUUCUAUAUGGGGACACAUGGAAUUUAGAACGGCCCAUGGCAAGGGAAAAGUGAUUAUAUUGAUGCUCGAUGACAUAUCCACUGAUGAAAUCCUCGAUCCUGAAUUAAAAGCAUACAUAGCUAUGAACACAUAUGUUAAGUCAAAAGAUCCAUUAGUGUUUGAUAGAAUUAGGGAUGCCGUUCUAAGUAAAGGAAUGAACAAGACAUCGGGGGGACUCAAUGUGCAACUUAAAGAUGGGAAGUUAGUUAAUGUUAAUAAGGAUAUUGAGGUGGCAAUACAAUGA